GAUCAAGCACAUCAACGCAAGAGAAAAGGCAAAACACCGAAAACUUCGGAAGUUACUUCUUUUGGGCGGGAACGCGCAACUCUCUUCUCGGUCAGCGUUUCACCGAGAUCAACGUUCAAUUCAAACAGGAAUUAGGGUUCCUGGGUCAAUGCUGUAGGAGAGGAAGAAUGGCGGGCGAUGGCGUAGACGACAUGGGCGCCAGGGGGAUGGGGCGGCGGGGCAUCCUCGCCGCUCUCUCCUACAUGGCUUGCGCAGUUUUGCUCGUCAUGUUUAACAAGGCUGCGCUCUCAACUUACAGCUUUCCCUGUGCUAACGUGAUCACACUUCUUCAGAUCAUCUGCUCGAUCUGCCUACUUUACACUCUGCGAUACUGGAACUUGAUCACGUUUGAGAAUGAGCCACUGGAAAUUAUUCUCGGGAAGGAAGGGUCGACCAGCAAGAGGCUUUUGGUUCCCAUGAGAACUUUCAAGCGGACUCUACCACUGUCAUUCUCGUAUCUAAUGUACAUGGUGAUUGGAAUGGCCUCACUCAGAGGAGUGAGCGUGCCAAUGUACACAACGCUCCGGCGAACGACAGUCUUGUUCACAAUGGCAAUGGAGUACGCCAUCAUGGGACAGAGGCAUUCGAGAGAAGUGAUUUGCAGCGUGGGAGUUAUAGUCUUUGGAGCGUUUCUAGCUGGAGCCAGAGACUUCUCCUUUGAUACCGCCGGCUAUUCUUUGGUUGUCAUCUCCAACGUAACAACGGCAAUCUACCUAGCGGUGAUUGCUCGCCUCGGGAAGGUCACAGGACUAAACAGCUUUGGCCUCAUGUGGUGUAAUAGCUUAGUUUGUUUACCAAUACUUCUAGUCUGGACAUGGCUAACGGGAGAGCUUCACUCAGCAACAGAUUUUCCAGCUUUAUACGAGCACGGAUUCCAGGUUGGAGUUUCAUCACUCGGUUUAAGCUGCUUCAUGAUUAGCUUUUGGUUUCCUCUCUCUCAGGCUGUGCUACUUUUAUCAUGUAUUCUAGCCUUCGUUCUUAACUACACAAUUUUCCUCAACACGUCUCUAAACUCGCCAUUGACGCAAACAAUGUGCGGAAACAUCAAGGACCUCGGCACUAUUUUUCUGGGAUGGCUGCUUUUUGGAGGCCUGCCGUUUGACUGGCUAAACGUUUUGGGCCAAGCUCUGGGAUUUUUGGGUUCUGGAUUCUACGCUUACUGCAAGCUGCAUGGAAAGUAAGCAAGGCAAGAAGAUCUUUCUUUCUUCGUUGUGUAUACAGGCGAGAUUGAGAGUUUCGCAAUGGGGGACAAAGAAGCCCUUUUGUGAGAGCGUUUGACAAUCGACUUAACAUUAUAUAGUCUGACACAAAUCCAAGCUCCAAUUUUUUUUUU